UCAGCUGCGCUGACAAACAAAUAUCUGGGUAAACGAAAAGAUUGGAUCAGACUGGCAAGUCAUAACGCACAACUCAUUUUACGUGUUUUAUCGCCUAAGUCUACCGUAAACUCAAAAGUUGCAGAUCGUUACGGAACUGCAACAACAUGAAAUUAUCGACGGAAGAUUUCGUCCUGCUACCAGGAUAUGUUGUUAUUGUCAUCAUUGGAAUGGCAGGAAACUUCCUAAUCUUAGCUGUUGUGAAAAGGGAACGCUACAUGCAUACUACAACAAACUUUCUCCUCGCCAAUCUCGCUCUAGCCGAUUUAUUAACGUUACUGUGGUGUAUUCCAGGAAUCGUACUGAAUGGCUUCAUUACACACCCUAAUGGUGUGCUGGGAGACAUCCUGUGCAAGUUUAUCACCAUGCACCAUAUGGCCGGAAUAUCGCUUCUGGUCGCCGGGCUGACAUUAACUCUAGUGUCUGUUGAGCGGUACAAUGCGCUUGUAAACCCUCUGAACGCCAGCUUGCGUCUCACUAAAGAAAAUGUCAAAUAUCCGAUCGUUGCCAUGUGGGUGUUUGCAUUCAUCUUUGUGUUGCCCCUAUUUGUCUUCGAGGAUUGGAACGAGAGGCAAAAUAGCUGUAUUAUGCUCUGGAAGAAGCCAUCAGCGACCAUUUAUUGGUCAAUUUUAACAAUGAUUGUGUUUCUUACGUUUGUAUCAGUCUGCUUCUGCUAUUUCAAUAUCAUUAGGGGACUGUAUUUUACCAGGCAAAUCUGCGCAGAAAGUUUAAAGUGUCGUUCAGAAGAGGAGAUGCAAGCCAAGCGUAAGAUCGUCAAGCUUUCUAUCACCAUUACAGUUGUUUUCCUCGUCUGUUUCUUCCCUUUUGUUGUCGCCACAAUCUGGGAUAAAGUUUCAGCGAAGGACAUAUUUUAUAAGGUCGCGUACUUUCUGGUUUACUGCAGUUGUUGUAUAAAUCCAAUUUGCUAUGCAGUUCAAAGCACAAAUUACAGAAAUGCAUUUAGAGAAACUAUCCGAAAAAGAUCGACCACAAAUCAAACGGAACAAGCUGUGUAAUAGUCAUGUCGCUGCCAGCCUAAAUGACCUCACCCAUUAGCGGUCACGUUCUUCUCAAGGGUUCUCUCAUUAUAACUAUCAAUAAUGGACAAUAAGAUAAUGCCGCAUGUCAAAUGCUUGGUCGGCAAUCAAUGCUAAAAGUUAUUCUUUCCAAACAAUUAAGUCUCAGCACUGUACGCAAAUUACUAUGACACGAAAUGAACAGAACUCAACUUUAGGCACGCCAAACAACAGGUGCGGGGAGUGAAAGCUAUUUUUGGGUGGGAGGAAGGGGGGCCGUUGGAUUAUAGUUUACCGAAAAGCAUCUCUCGUUA